AUGGGGUGCAAAGUCCUGCACGGCCUUGGUCAGCAGAUGCUGCGACGGAAGGUGGUGGACUGCAGCAGGGAAGAGAGCCGGCUGUCCCGCUGCUUGAACACCUUUGACCUGGUGGCUCUCGGGGUGGGCAGUACGCUGGGGGCUGGUGUCUAUGUCCUGGCUGGAGCUGUGGCCCGGGAGGAUGCCGGCCCCGCCAUUGUCAUCUCCUUUCUGAUUGCCGCGCUGGCCUCAGUGCUGGCCGGCCUGUGCUAUGGCGAGUUUGGUGCUCGUGUCCCCAAGACCGGCUCGGCCUACCUGUACAGCUACGUAACUGUGGGCGAGCUCUGGGCCUUCAUCACCGGCUGGAACUUGAUCCUCUCUUACAUCAUCGGUACUUCAAGUGUAGCAAGAGCCUGGAGCGCAACCUUUGAUGAGCUGCUUGGCAAACCCAUCGGGGAGUUCUCACGAAAACACAUGGCCCUGAAUGCUCCCGGAGUGCUGGCUGAAACUCCUGACAUACUUGCUGUGAUCAUAAUUCUCAUCUUAACAGGACUUUUAACUCUUGGUGUGAAAGAGUCAGCCAUGGUCAACAAAAUAUUCACCUGCAUCAAUGUUCUGGUCCUGGGCUUCAUUGUGGUGUCAGGCUUUGUGAAGGGAUCCAUUAAAAACUGGCAGCUCACAGAACAGGAUAUCUCGAAUGCAUCCAGCCAUCUGUGUCUCAACAAUGACACAAAAAUAGAGAAACAUGGUGUUGGUGGAUUCAUGCCCUUUGGGUUUUCUGGUGUCCUUUCGGGGGCAGCGACCUGCUUCUAUGCCUUCGUGGGUUUCGACUGCAUUGCUACCACUGGUGAGGAAGUCAAGAACCCCCAAAAGGCCAUCCCCGUGGGCAUCGUUGCAUCCCUUCUGAUCUGCUUCAUCGCAUACUUCGGAGUGUCUGCUGCUCUCACACUCAUGAUGCCCUACUUCUGCCUGGACACAAACAGCCCCCUGCCUGAUGCCUUCAAGCAUGUGGGCUGGGAAGGUGCCAAGUAUGCAGUGGCUGUCGGUUCUCUCUGUGCACUUUCCACCAGUCUUCUAGGUUCCAUGUUUCCCAUGCCACGAGUUAUCUACGCCAUGGCCGAAGAUGGACUGCUGUUUAAGUUUCUGGCCAGAAUCAAUGAUAGAACCAAAACACCAGUAAUCGCCACACUAGCCUCAGGUGCUAUUGCUGCUGUGAUGGCCUUCCUCUUUGACCUGAAGGACUUGGUGGACCUCAUGUCCAUUGGCACUCUCCUGGCUUACUCUUUGGUGGCUGCCUGUGUAUUGGUCUUAAGGUAUCAGCCAGAACAGCCUAACCUGGUAUACCAAAUGGCCAGAACAACUGAUGAGCUAGAUCAAGUCGACCAGAAUGAGCUGGUGAGCACCAGCGAUUCCCAGACAGGCUUUUUACCAAAAGCAGAAAAGUUAUCUUUGAAAAGCAUACUCACACCUAAAAAUAUGGAGCCUUCCAAAUUAUCUGGACUCAUUGUGAACAUUUCAGCCAGCCUCAUAGCUAUUUUUAUCAUCACUAUAUGCAUUGUGGCCGUGAUUGGAAGAGAGGCUCUAGGCAAAGGGGAGCUGUGGGCAAUCCUUGUGGUCACAGGAUCGACCCUUCUCAGUGCAGCGGUCAUGGGCAUCAUCUGGAGGCAGCCUGAGAGCAAGACCAAGCUUUCAUUUAAGGUGCCCUUCUUGCCAGUGCUCCCCAUCCUGAGCAUUUUUGUGAACAUCUAUCUCAUGAUGCAGCUAGACCAGGGCACAUGGGUCCGGUUUGCAGUCUGGAUGCUGAUAGGCUUCAGCAUCUACUUCGGCUAUGGGCUGUGGCACAGUGAGGAGGCAUCCCUGGCUGCUGACCAGGCAAGGACUACAGAUGGCAAUUUGGACCAGUGCAAAUGACCUGCAGCCCUGCCCGCCGGAGGUGGCAGCAGCCCCAAGGGAUGGCUGUAGAGGACAGGGAGGUACCUCCCUUUCUCUCCUGAUGCAACAGAAACCACCCAUAUUUGUGACACCUCCAAUGACACCAAAGGUGCAGCCAGCUAAACUCCAGCCUCAGCCACAGCCAACGUGCCUGGCUGGCCCUGGCCCUGCAGCCAGCUCACAAGGCCCUGGUCACCUCUGACAGCUCUCUGGCCCAGACCACCUGGCUGUGUCUGGGCACCUGUCUCCUCAUUUUCCUCUGAACAAAGAAAUAAACCCCUCCCCUCAUCAGCUCAGCCUUGCUGCUGCACCCCUGGGCAGAAGGGAGAUCCCUUGUCUCCUGCCUUGGAAACAGACCUCCCUUCCUGGACUGCUCUGGUAUUGCAAAUGUACAGACCCCUGAUCUUUAGCAGCCAUCUUCCCCUUCAGCCCUGAACAGCUGGCCAUAGAUCACGAUGAGUAGCACAAAACCCCGGCUAUGCCAUACCCAGAGCCACUUCUGCCCUCUGAGUUGCUUCCAGAUGGGUUGUUAGGAUGGGGCUUCUCCCCACCAUCUCCCCUCCAAGCAGGGCUUUGCUCUGACUCGGUGAUGAGUGGAUCCCGUUCCGUGGCACAGCAGCAGGACUGAGGGCAGGUGAUUUGUCUUCGCAUGGGAGAGGGGAGGCUCUUGUGGGAGCAGGAGCAUCAAGGUGGGGGAGGGCUGACUGCUCACAUGUGAGUGAGUGUGUGAGUGUGUGUGUGUGCAUAAACCGGGGGCAUUCUCUAGUCCUCUUCCCUCCAGGACUGGGACAGUCCCUGAUGCUUUUUUGUCUGUCACCACUGCCUGUGUGUUCUGAGUAACUGGAACACGAGGCUGUGUUCGUGUAGCACUGGUCUCAAGUUGGCAGAGCCGAGAACCCUGUUUUCCUUGGGUCGUUGCCAUUCACUGAGUUGCACGGGUCUUGGAAAAUCCUCAGGACAAGUGGCAACCCGGUGCGGGGUCGUGAUGCUUCUGGCCCCGACAUGGCCUAUGUGGCCUGCUACAUGUGAUGAAAUGGAAUCCUCCUGUUAGUUGCCAUGAAUCACUCCACCCAGUUAAGUUGGGCCCUAACGUUAACUUGACAAAUGGCCAAAUAGUUCCACAUGCCAUUGGCACAUGGUUUAGGCUGUGUGGCCCACAAGGGAGAUGACUUGCAGUCCUAUUGCUGUCCCUCUCAUGUAUCUGUCUUCCAAGGGCUGUGGCUUGAUAAACUGGUGAGAUUGUAUCCAUGACUUGGACCUUGUGCCUCCAGAGGCCUGGGAGCUGUAGGUCUAGCUGGGAUGCCAGUGUCCCUCUGUGUACACGCUGCACCCCUUCCUCUUCCCUGUAGUUAGGUGCGGCCCACAGCCCACAGCAUGUUCUAACACUCCUUGUAGAUUGAAGCCAUGGGACGAGACAGAAGAGAUGGAGCCUCAUUUCCACAUAGAGUACCAUUCAGAGCCACCAAGACUGGCUUGGAUGGGGUGAGGGAGACACCAUGGGGAGGAAAGUGGUGCUUUUGAAGCCUAGCCUUCCAUUCUGUCCCUGCCUAGCCUUCGAUACAAUUAGCCUGGGGGCAGUUGGCUUCUUCCCUCUGCUGCAGAAGGUUCUUGGAGAGAAAUGCACGAGUUAGUGAAAGUGAGCUGGGGAUGGGGAUUGGUGGCAGGCAAGGCUCUGGGUUUCACCCUCAGUGCUAGCGAAUAAAUUAGUCUAAUAGCCUAGAGGUCUGGGCAGCCGGAAGAGGGUGGCCACACGGCCAAGAGCCGGGCCUUUGUACCGGACCUGGACCUCUGGCUGGAAGCUUUCUAAAGAUCAGCUGUAUUUCACAGAGUAUCAUAAGGCCCACCCCAAGCUUGGGCGUCCAAAGAAAUGUAUUUAAAUUCAUGUAGAUUGGUGCUAUAAAAUAUUUCGAUAAAUAUUAACUUAUUUUGUUGGGUUUUGGUUAUCUGUUGUCUUCUUACAACAGCUAUUUGUUUGCCUGAUUUUUUGUGGUUAUUUUUCUAUGCAGACAAAGAAAAUAUAAGGCAAAGAGGGUAUCCAGUGAGGUAGGUAAUGGGGAGAAAAUUUUUGUUUUUUUCUUAACUUUAAUUUUUUUCUGGCUAAAAUUUCUGUACAAGACAGCACCCAGUAGUCUAUUUACACUUGACAUUCAGUUAGCAACCUGCAUUGUUCUAGAAAGUUGAAACAUAAAUUUUGGGUUUACCCCUCCAUGGACUCUAUCAUAUGGACAUGCUGAUAGGAGAUCCCUCCUCCUCUCCCUCUCAGGUGCCUCAGCAUGGGACAUAGGAGCUCACACAGGCACUAGGAGGGGGAAUGUGGGAUUCUUGCAUCCUCCCUUGUUGGCAGAAUGACUUCCUAGUCACCUAGGAAAGGUGACUUAUGUGAAUAGUUUAUUGGUCACUGUGGUUUCCUUAAGAACAGGUGCAUACUGUGGCCAGGGGCCUUCCCACCUGUGUACCAGGACGGUGAUGUCUUGGAGUAAGCCUCACAAAUUCAAUAUACUUUCUUAUUGCAUCCCUCACUCUUUCUCCUGAAGUAAAAACACACAGCCUCCCUCCCCUAAGCCUCAACAGUGACCAGUAGUUUCACCUGUCUUAACCCUCUGCCCAAAUAAGAAUAUCAUUCAGAGCUGCGUGGCUGGGACAGUAUUUUCCUGCGGUCAGAAUUUACACAUUCUGAAGACACACACAUCCUGCAGGAAUACACUUUCAUCUUGCCUCAGCUCCAAAGAGUCACCUUAGAGAGACGUUUUCAAUUAGUAAGCAUCUUUCCUGUCUCUGGGCAUAAAUUCGUGAGGAACCCAAUUCAUGAAGAGCUCUGUCUCCCAGGAACUCUGCUAAAAAGUGGGGGUAAAGGGCACCUCCAGGGCAGCAGUAGAGCCCCAGUAGGUGGGGGGCCUCACCACAGGGAGGGAACUGUCCCAGGAGACGUGGGGCCUCUGUACACACACACACGCACACACACCCCUUAAGCAGGCCCUUGUGGGUCAGACUGUCUUUCAAACCAAGAGGAAAGAAUGGUACACUUUCUUUUCUGGGCUGAUUCAGAAAGAUUACUAAAUUUAUACUGUUAGGAUUGCCCACAUUUUCCCCCAGUUUGGAUUUUAUUUUUGCAAUAGCAAAACCUCUUUCCAUUGAGUCUCUUAUCUCUGUCAGGCAGUCAGCCACCCGGUCCCAUUGGCCGAUGUGGUGGUUCGGGUACCCGCCCUCCUGUGAUGUGGCAGCCGGAAGUGACUGACGGGCUCCCAGGCUUCUCCACCCCUCAUGCCCGAGGCACCGGCACACUCCCCACCAACAGUGCACCCCAGAGGUGACAUGCGGCCUAUCCCCACCUUGUCCAUUGCAUCUGCUGUGCUUCAUCUGUGUGGCUGGGGAAACAGGUGGGAAUAGCUGCUUAGUCCCCUUGCCCCAUCCCCAAGCAGGCUGUAAUCCUGCUCUUGCCUAAGGUGGGGUGAAGCUUAGAGACAGCUGUGAAGAAUAGGCAGGAAGUGGGGUUUCUGGGGUGUGUGGAUACACCCUAUAGAGGCCCCACCCAGACUUGGAGGCAAGGGCAGGGGCACUGGCAGAUGUUAACCUCAAUGCUAGAGAAAACCUGCCUGGCUGUGUGCCAGGGCCCAUUUGCCUGACUUGAAUGCUCCUUGUUCACAUGGACACAUUUCUUUACAAGAUCUGAUGGUUCUGUUGGCACCCAAGAGCCAAUGCCACAAAGACAGUGAGGGGCCUAGGUGCCAGGGUGCCUGUCCCUCUCUAUGGAGAAGUAUGCCUGGGCCCACACUGUGGUGGGUUCCUGAGCUGCCAGGACAAUGGAGUCAUUGGGCAGAGGGUGCAUGGCACCGUGUGUGGAACUGUUACAGAGUUCAAACUCAAACAGAACUGAAUAUGUGUUAUGUAUAAUUGUUAUGUAUCAUUUAAACUCUACCUGUUUGCCGUCUUGAGAGUAUUCUAUGUAAGGCUCCCAAGGGAGAGCAAAAUGUACAUUUUGCCAGACUUUUAUGGGGCCAUGAAGUGCUUUAUUGAUGCAGUGGUGCAAGAUGCGACACUCCAGAUGUCACAGUGGUUAUGAUGCCUGCUGGAUUUUUAGGGCAAAAAAUGCACCUUGCUUUCAUGUUCAUCACUAAUCCAGAGCUGUUUUGUGCCCGUUGCUUGAUUGAACCACAGGCUCUUCCCAGAGGGACCUGGUGCAGCCAAGGCUCUCACAGUUACCAAAGAGCUCUCGUGGUCGUCCUGUGUGUGUGCCAGGGGCACAACUCCAGGAGAAGAAAGAACAGUCCCAGCAGAUGUUCUCAGGGUAUCAGCGCCUCCAGCAGGGUCGGGAAGCAGGGCUGGGAGAUGCGUUCAGACUUUGUUAACUUGUUAACAAGGCGUAUGAUGAUUUCGUGUUUCUUGAUGACAGAUUUUCUAAGCUUGGGACUUAUUUUCCCACGUGAGAAGUUAUAAUAUAUAUUUCAGAUAAGUUUCCUGCUUCAGUUGUGCCUUUCAGCGACAAUGGGUAAAGGAUCACAAAGGGUCAUAUUAAUAAUGAGGGUUGGUUUAUUAUCAAACCUGGACAGCUGUGGUUUCUCUAGUACAUUUUUUUCUUCUACUGAACAUGGAGCCAUUAUUAAAAGUUAUGUGUUUUUUAUUAUGUAAAUUUUAUGAUAUUUUUUGCUUGUUUGAUGUUCUAUUUUUCUAAUAGUUUUCUUUAUAGUUUCUUAUAAUGUGAUACUAGAUUUAGAUUCUGAUGCUAAUGGAAAAUCACGUUGGUCUCUGCUGGGCCCCUCCAUUUAUUAUAUUUUAUUUUUAUUUUAAGGACUAGUGCAGGUGUUAUCCAUCACCUUUAAAAAAUGUGAAACUGCUCUUUCCCCUUUUUGCUGACCACACUUGUAAAUUGACAACUUCCUACCAUACCUUAUGUUGUAAAAUCAAACUAUUUUUUGGUACAUUAUCUCAUGCUUCUGCAAAUUCUAAUAAAUUCUAUCUAUGGCUUCCA